CAAAAAAAAAAAAAUGGUAGGACGAUGGGACAGGUGCCGUGAGAUUAUGUGGGGUCAAAGGCAGACUGAUUAUAAUUUAGGUAACACCCGUCCUCAGCAAUGGAAAGUAACUGAGCAUAUCUUCUUCUCUAUGAACUCCUUUCUUUCUCUAUUCAAAACAAAAGUAGUCCCAAAAGUAGUCCCAAAAGUGGCUUCCUUUCUCUUCCGUUUCUAUAAAUCAUCAAUGAAGCCAAUCAAUACGCCAUAACUCUCCAUUCCCCAAACAUCAAAACCCAAUGGAAACCCACGCUUCCUCUUUCUCUUGCUUCCGAUCUUACCUCCGGGCGCUGGCCCAGACUCCAGCUCGCUUGGCUAGCCGUGCACUCUCUGUUUCUUCGUCAAAUGAAGAAUUGAGCCGGGUGAGGGCCCGUUCCGGCUCCGACAUGCAAAGGAGCCUCCGUUGGUUUGACUUGGUUGGUCUGGGAAUCGGAGGCAUGGUCGGAGCCGGUGUGUUUGUCACCACCGGCAGAGCCAGCCGCCUCUGCGCUGGCCCUGCCAUCGUAAUCUCUUACGCCAUUGCUGGUCUCUGCGCCCUCCUUUCCGCCUUCUGUUACACCGAAUUCGCCGUCCACAUGCCCGUGGCUGGGGGUGCCUUCAGUUACCUACGAAUUACCUUUGGGGAGUUUGCCGCAUUUUUUACCGGAGCCAAUCUGAUAAUGGAAUACGUGAUGUCAAACGCAGCGGUUGCGAGAGGCUUUACCUCUUAUUUGGGUGCCGCAAUCGGUAUAUCCACAGCGAAAUGGAGAUUCACAGUUCCAGGGCUCCCAAAAGGGUUCAAUGAAAUCGACCUGGUGGCUGUGGCCGUCGUAUUAAUCCUCACUCUCAUCAUCUGUUACAGCACAAGAGAAAGUUCAGUGGUGAAUAUGAUACUUACUGCAUUACAUAUCCUUUUCAUUGCCUUUGUAAUAUUUAUGGGUUUCUGGAGAGGGGAUUGGAACAAUUUCACUCGUCCAGGGAACCCCCACAACCCUUCCGGCUUCUUUCCCUACGGACCUUCCGGUGUCUUCGAUGGGGCUGCCAUGGUUUAUUUGAGUUACAUCGGAUACGACGCCGUAUCCACCAUGGCUGAGGAAGUCCGUAAUCCCGUCAAGGAUAUUCCCAUCGGGGUGUCAGGCUCCGUGAUCGUCGUUACCGUUCUCUACUGCCUCAUGGCCGCUUCAAUGUCCAAGCUCCUUCCUUACGACAUGAUCGAUGUGGAGGCGCCGUUUUCGGCGGCGUUUAGCGGGAGAUCGGACGGCUGGGCGUGGGUGUCUAGGGUGAUAGGGGUGGGGGCCAGCUUCGGGAUAAUGACGUCGCUGUUAGUGGCGAUGCUGGGACAAGCUCGGUAUAUGUGCGUCAUCGGACGGUCCAGCGUGGUCCCCGCGUGGUUCGCCAGGGUCCACUCUAAAACCUCUACGCCUGUCAACGCCUCCGCCUUUCUUGGAAUUUUCACCGCUGCAAUUGCCCUUUUUACUGAUCUAAACAUCCUCCUGAACCUCGUAUCCAUUGGCACACUCUUUGUGUUUUACAUGGUAGCAAAUGCAGUAAUCUACAGGCGCUACGUUGUUGUCGGGACAACAAAGCCAUGGCCUACAUUAUCCUUCCUAUGCUUAUUGUCCAUCACUGCCAUUAUAUUCACCCUAUUGUGGCGUUUUGCACCGCCGGGCAAGCCAAAGGCCUUUGUACUUGGCGCUUGUGUUGUAAUUGCAGUAUCCAUAUUACAAAUUUUUCAUUGCAUGGUACCACAAGCGCGGAAACCAGAAUUUUGGGGUGUCCCUUUCAUGCCUUGGCUACCAUCUAUAUCAAUCUUCUUGAAUAUAUUUCUGCUGGGGUCUCUGGAUGGACCAUCGUAUGUUCGAUUUGGGUUCUUUUCGGCUCUAGCUGUGCUUGUAUACGUCUUAUACAGCGUUCAUGCUAGUUUUGAUGCUGAAGUGGAUGGCUCUUUCGAUCAAAAGAACGGUGAAAGUCCUUAAAGAAUCAUCCGUAAGUGAAGAUAGAGAGGUUAAUGGGUUGGAUAUGAAAAGUGUAGAGUAUUUUUUAUUUUCAUCUUUAUUUUUGAAUUUUUAUGUUAUUCUUAUUUUCAUAUACAUAUACA